CGUCAAAUUUUAGCUUCGAAGGACGUGACGUCACAUAUUUCUUUUCCACACGUUUUCAUUGCGAACGGCAGCAGUAAAUCGUAAACCAAAAUGGGUCGCGUUCGUACCAAAACCGUAAAGAAGGCAUCAAAGGUCAUAAUCGAGAAGUAUUAUACUCGAUUGACCAUGGAUUUCCACACGAACAAACGUAUUGUCGAGGAAGUGGCUAUUAUUCCAACCAAACCGCUACGAAACAAGAUUGCUGGAUUCGUGACACAUCUGAUGAAGCGGCUGCGUCACUCUCAGGUGCGUGGUAUUUCCAUUAAGCUGCAGGAAGAGGAACGUGAGCGCAGAGAUAACUACGUGCCGGAAGUAUCUGCUUUGGAACAGGACAUCAUCGAAGUUGAUCCGGAAACCAAGGAGAUGUUGAAACAGCUCGAUAUCAACCUAGCGAUCCAGCUGGUUAAUCCAACAACGCAGGGAUACAGCAGGCGAAACUAAUUUGAUGGAGGAUGGUUUAAAACUUGUGUGGCGAGCAAUAUUUCGUAUUUGUUACGAAUAUCAGUCCAGCCAUGAAACAUCGAUUUGAAAAAACGUCAUGCAGUGUAUUAUAACAAGAGAAAACUUCUUUUGUGAAGAAGGAUAAAUACAAGGUAUUCAAAUCGAAA